CAACUGCACAGCUCAAAACAUGUUUAGCUUCUGUGUUGUAAAAGUGUUCAAUCCUUUACCUUUUUUUAACAAAUACACACAUUUUCCCAGCACAAUUUCAGCACAGAAGUCCUAGCUGCUGUAGCAUUCAAAUAACAAUGCUUCGGUUUUAUUUGCUGUCUCUCAAGCACCCUUCUGUGGUCAAUGACAUCAUUUGACAGUUUCUUCCUCAUUUCAGUUUAACCAGUGUACCACAAGCAGUGUAGUGUUAGAGGGGUUUUGUCUUUUUUUGUGACCAUCUACCUACUAAGGAGUGAGUUUACCUUUCUGCCUCAAGCACAGGGAGUAAUAAGAGGGGUUUGGAUUUUUCUUUUUGGACUUCAAACUUCACGUUUUGAAAUUACUGUGCUGAUAGAAGAAGGAUUUUCUCCUGACAGGAUGACACAGCUGCAAUUCAAAGAUGCUUUUUGGGGCCAAGAUUUCACCAAUAACUCCGGUUAUGAGGCUCUGCUACAAAGGCUGUAUGAUGGCCGGCGAAUGUGCAAGGACAUGGAAGAUCUUCUGAAGAUGAGGGCUCAGGCAGAGGAGAAGUAUGGGAAGGAGAUGGUCACGAUAGCCCGCAAGGCUGGGGGACAAACUGAAAUAAACACUUUGAAAGCAUCCUUUGACAAACUUAAAAGAGAAAUCGAGAAUAUCGGGAAUCUGCACAUCCAGCUGGCUGGAAUGUUGAAGGAAGAAGUGAAAAGAAUGGAGCAGUUCAGAGAGAGGCAGAAAGAGCAAAGAAAGAAGUUUGAAGGUAUUAUGGAAAAAAUCCAGAAGAGUAAAGUGUCCAUGUACAAGAAAACCAUUGAGUCCAAGAGGAUUUAUGAACAGAAGUGUAAGGAAGCUGACGAGGCUGAACAAGCUGUUGAACGCGUGAGCAACGCAGCCACAGCUACCCCAAAACAGACAGAAAAGGUGCAGAACAAGGCAAAGCAAUGCAGGGAAGCGGCAAACGAGGCCGAGAAGCAGUACAUGUCUAAUGUGGAGCAGCUGGACAAGAUUCGUCAGGACUGGGAGAGCUCUCACAUGAGCACCUGUGAGGUCUUCCAGCAGCAGGAGAGCGACCGGAUCAACAUUCUGAGGAACGCAAUGUGGGUCCACUGUAACCACUACUCAAUGCAGUGCGUAAAGGACGAUGAGCUUUAUGAGGAGGUGAGGAAGACCCUUGAAGCCUGUGACAUCGCUACAGACCUGGACUUCUUCAUUCAGAUGAAAAAGACCGCCUGUAGUCCAGCAGCUCCUGUUGUGUUCGAGAACUAUUAUGACAGGGAGCCCUCUGCUGACAGCAAUGGCAGUGCGCGCUUUGCAGGAGGAGUGAUGAAAAGAUUUUCGGACCUAUUGCAAGGGAACUGUGGCUCCAGGAUGAAUGUCAAUGAAGUUUCACAGCCUGCAGCGUUGUCAACCGCGGAGAAGGCAGACGGAGUGUACGCCUCUGUCCCGGGUUGUGAACGCGGAGCUGCCGUCCCGGAGCCUCCGCUGUCCGAGUGCUACACCGUUCUGUACGAAUACGUCGCACAGAAUCAAGACGAGCUCUCCAUAUCCGUUGGGGACGUGGUGGUGGUCAUCGAGCAGGGCGAAGACGGCUGGUGGACAGUGGAGAGAAAUGGGCAGGCUGGCCUGGUCCCUGGCUCCUACCUGCAGAAAGCCUGAGGCGGGUGUCACAUUUUCAACGAGCUCUGUGCAUUGUGUACUAAAUCCCAGCUAAAGAGACACAACACUCGGAUUAUCAAGACCUUCUUAAACAGUCGCCCACUUGAACUGUGACUGAGAUGCCCGAUUUUUCUACUUGUUUUGUCUCAGAAAUCCCUGGCCUCUUGCUGCUAGAGAGAACAAGGCUCGUUACUCGAGAGCCGGGUGACAUGCAGAUCUGCGGGGUGAUUUAGUCGAGCGACGUCUGUGACGCUAAAGCACUGAGGAAACGGCCACCACCUCUCACCCGACUUCGUCUUGUCACAGACUUUAAUUAGUCAUUAGGGUUUUUCUCUUAAUUGACUGGUGAUGUCCGCUGAAAUUGGAGAUCUUAAUUCCCCUGGUUAGUGAAUCCAGCGGGUUGUGUUGAAUGUGGGUCACAGAGCGCCUGUGACAGUUUUAGAGGAUUUUAACUUUUUCCGUGAGAAUGAUUUAUAAUCAUGACACAGCAGCCAGAACUCUGUAUAAAAGCUGAAGGGAGGCCAUGUAAAUGUCCCUGGAUUACGUGUACUGUUGAUAUAAAGUUAUAUUUCAGUGUUUUUGUAUCGUAAA